ACUACAUUCAUACCUUCUCAAUUUACAACCACGGGAGCCCCAACAAUAACCACAUCUAUUGCAACAAAAACCGGUGCUGCUCCAACAACCACAACUGGUCAAAAAACAGAAACAAAAGCUCCAACAACAAUCACAGCAGCCUCAAAACCAACCCUACCCUUUCCAACAACAACCAUAGAAACCUCAUCAAUAAUCGCAUCAGCUCCAACUAAAACCAAAGCUGUUCCAACUACAACCACAUCUAAACCAGCAACAACCACAGCUUAUCCAACAAAAACCAUUGCAGUCCUAACAAUGAAUACUGCAGCUUUAAGAACAACCACAGCAACUACCACCACCCCAACAACAGCCACGUUUUCUAUAAAGACAGCUACUCAAACAAACACACCUUUUUCGACAAAAGCUAUAACACCCCCAGAAACAAUUGCAACUAAUACAGCCACCAUAGAAGUUUCAUCAGUAUCAAUAAUCAUACCUACCACCACCACUGCAGCCCCAACACAAAUGUCAGUAUCCACUACGACUAAAGUUGCUUCAAAAACUACCUCACCUGCAGUGACAACUAAAAUCACUACAACCGAAGCUCCUGCUAUAGUCUAUGUUGCUUCAGCAACUAUAGUAGAACCGUAUGUUCCAGAGUUAAGUGAUAAGAACAGCAAGCAGUUUCGUGCUCUUGAAAAAAGAGUGAUACUAACUUUUACAGCCAUCUACAAGACUAAAUAUGGGGAUCUUUUCAUCAGUUGCUAUGUCAUUGAUUUUAAACCAGCUCAACAAGUCAAAGUACGAAUGGAGGAAACUCAAGCAGAUGUUGGCUUGGUGUUUAGCAAUACCGUACCAUCUGAGAAAGUCCCAGCAGCUAAAGAUGUUCAACAAACCUUAGUGGAAGCUGCAACUAAUACCAACCUCACCCUCAACAUCACCUUUGAACCUUCCACAAUCCAAGUGUUGAGAGUACCUCUCACAACAACUGCAGCAACUACUGUGACUUCUACCACAACUGCUACUACUACCUCCAAAACUACACCAAUAACCACUUCUACAACCAGCACCAAAACUGCUACAACUUCUGAGCCAACAACAACAAGGCGGCUGACCUUUAGGUCUGCUAGAGAAACAUUUACCAGUGAUCUGGGAAAUCCAUCAUCAGUAGCAUUUCUAAAUCGAGCUGCACUAAUAAAGUCAAAACUUGAACCAUACUACCAACGGCCAUAUCCCACAUUCCGCUCGCUAACUGUGGUCUCCUUCAGCAACGGGUCAAUCAUCAAUAAUGCAGACCUUCGAUUUGCCACGCGAUAUGUUCCCAAUAUCACAGAAAUUGGAAGGGUUUUGCUUUAUGCAGCACCAAACGUCACUGACUUCAACAUUGAUCUUAAUUAUAUUUAUGUUGAUGGAAUACAAGUAUCAAGUGGAGUCAAUCACCAGAUCAGCCUCUUGACCGCAGCCUGCAUGCUGUUGUUGUCAUGGCUACUGUCAAGUCAGCAAGGGCAUCUCUGCUGAAUUCCCUUGAAAAUUCUUGAUUGAAAGGAUGGAAAGUGUUUGUUUUCAGGUAUGAUAAAAUAGUUUUUUUUCCAAAUGGAACUUAACACCCUCUCGUGAAUAUAAAUGUGAUUAUUUCACCCAAAUAAAAAAGAUCCAUGUAUUAAUUAAAAAAAACUUGUUUACAAAUAUAUCUUAUAUGAAAGAUUAUUAUUUUUGUUUGAAUAUCAAUCAUGUCAUUUACAACCUUAAGUUAGUUAAUGAAGGAAUAGGCUUUGUUUUUUGUGUCAUUAGAAAUUAGGGUAACACUUUACAAUAAGUCUCUUUAUUAACAUUACUUCAUUAUUAAGCAUCAAUGAACUAUUGAAUAAAGUGUAAACAACUCCUUAGCCAUAUUAUAUAAUGCAUUACUAAGCAGACCCCCACUGUUCUUUGUCCUAACCUUAGGGACACUUAAUAAUUAUUAAUAACUGUAACAUUAAUAAAGGGAUCCUGUUUUGUUGAUGCUUAUUAAUGCACUAAGUAACAUUAAUAAAGGGACCCUUGUUGUACAGUGAGAUAAAAAUUUGUUACAGCUAUGACAAACAAUUUCUACUCUUACCUUACAAUCUUCAUUAGCAUGUUAGAGUAAUAUGAUUUAAUUAUUACUUUGAGGUGAACAUGAAGUCAUGACACUGCAAAAAAGUUAAGAUGCUUGAAAAUUACUGUAUGAUUUACUAAUUAGUUUUUUCUUAUAUUCAUGAUAUAUGAAACCAUCUAUUCAGUAAACUGUUAUGUUUUUUGUCUUUUGUAUAAUUAUACAGUCAAUUAAAUAAAACAUGUUUAUUUAAUUCAA